GAGCGCGCGCUAAGUGAACAAUUCUCGCGAGAUGUUACUGCGAAAAUGUAUCAAAAUCCUUCCUAAUGAUGCCAUAAUAAUAAACAUUAACGUUUAAGAAUAAAAUGCUGUUUUUAGCUCUGUAACAGAGCAUUUCAUUGUAAUGUUGCGAUGCAGUUGCACUGCGCAAUGUGAAACUGAAUAGGUAUUGUAUUAUAAUGUUUCAAGUUAUCAUUAGUAAAGGUUACCAUGGUGAUUUGAAGUAUCUAAACAAGAGACGGAGUUAAGUUUGUGACGCUUAGUUAACAGGGCCUUCUUUUGUCAAAAAAAAAAUACACUUGCACUUAGUUAAUGGUACAUUUUGGUACGUUAUUCAUACAAUGACGGAGGUUUAAUCGCAAAAGAAACCUCACUUAAUAAAGCGUUUCAAGCAGCAACCUUGAAUCGUGUAUAACAUGGAUUUGCGGGUGGACAACUCCGCUGAUGCGGCAGUAGAACGCCGAAGAGCGGUUGAGGCCACUCGACAGGCUCGGAUCUUCAACACACGACAGCGAGUGAUGGGCCUGGAUCUAAAAGCCCUGGAGCAACAGGUAGCGGAACGAAAAGAACGUGAGGAGAUGGAAGCGCAACGAGAGAGGACCUUUGAUUUGUUGAGAGUGAAUCAAGAUCAAGUGUUGAUGCAACAGCUGCACGAGGAGGAGGAAAGGAAAUCUGAGUCCAACAGAGACCUCAUCCAUUACCGGGCCAUCCGACAGCGGGCAGAAGACACCAGGGAUGCUGAUCUCAAUUUUGACCGCCAGAGGGCACGUGGAUUGUCCAUUCCAGUCCCAAACUCCGAGCUGGGACCUGCCAGUAUGCAAGUGUUUCAGGGAGAAGGCCUCGGGGACAAGGAGAAGAGGAGAGCCCAGAUGGAGCAGACAGAGAGAGUCCUGCGAGCACAAAGAGAACAGAGUGAGCAACUGCAGAGAAAGAACACACACAGAGAGCUACUGAAAGGCAGGGAGUUGGUACAGCAGGAUCUGAGGGCUGUGCAGUUGGACACCCUGGAAGAGGAAUGCAAGAGGGCGGCCUGCAUCGCGCUCAGCAACUACCACCUGGCUCAGGCUGCAGAGCGUGCAGAGAAAGAGAGGAAUGAGCAAAUGAGGAAGGAGGACGAGGACAUGGCGGAGGUGCGGCACAUGGUGACGUCGGACAUCCUGACGGAGCGUCCUGAGGCUGCACAGAGAGAAGGGGGCAGGGUCGAGGGGUCAGUGGGCGGGCCCAAGGUGCUGACUGACAGGUGGAGGGGGAUGGGCCCAGAGCAGCUGAGUGCCAUCCACAAGCAGAGAGAGGAGCAGCGUCUAGAGAGAGAGAGACUGAGGGAGAUAGACAAGCAGAGAGAUAAGGCCUGGGACCUCCAGCGGAUGACUGUGACACGGGAGGCGGAGGAGGAGGAGAGGAGAGCGACAGAGCUGCAGAAGGAGAAGAGGACUGAGAUGGACCGACACAACGAACAGCUGGCCAGAGAGCAACGGCAACAUCAGCAGUACCUGUCCAAGCAGCUGUACACCAACAAACCUACAGCCAAGUUCUUUGACCAGUUCAACAGGAGCUCCCGGUGAUGGGCGACUGCGAUCAACCUCAAAUGUCUAGAGUUUGUGUGUGUGUGUGUGCGUGCAACAUGCAAACAAAUAGUUUAAAUAAUUAGUGUUGUCUUGUCUUAUCUCUAGGAUUUGCCACUAAAUGUGAUGCAGUCACUCCUCUGUCUCUGUCACUGUAACUCUAACUGUACAUGAACUGUACA